ACACGCACAGCAUCGGCAGCAGGUGCGAGCGCGCGCAUCACUCUGUGCAUCACCGAGGACAUGGAGUUAAAAACCUCCAUCGGUCAAACUGCGCUUUGAUUCACCGGCCGAAGAGCAAAUCAGCGACAUUCUGAUCCAGCUGAAACUUAAAGUGUGUUGUGGAUCUUCACAGCAUGGAGAAAGGGCGAAGCACCCCGAAACAGUACGGAUCUCUGGAUCAAACAGAGCUCUGCGGAGAAACAGGAAAACAAGCUGAAGAGGAUGUGGUGUCCAUGGCUGACUCCACCAUCACUGUGGAGGACAUAGAGGGGGAGCUGUUCAAAAUCGAGAGGAUAAAGGAUGCGCUGGUCCGGAAAGAGUCGGAGCUCAGAUAUAUGAUGGAUGACAUCCAGUUGUGUAAGGAGAUCACAAGGCUCAAAAAAGAACUCCAGAAAUUGGUUUCCAUUCCAGACAAAGACAAGUCAAAUGAGGACAGACAGCGUGAGGAGGAACUGCUUCAACAGAUCCAGAAGCUGGUGGAGACGCGGGACUUUCUAGUGGAUGACAUGGAGUUUGAGAGGCUCAGAGAGCGAGAAGAAGACAAAGAGAUGGCUGACUUCCUACAGACCAAAUUUCCCAACAGGUGCCGCAUGAAAAAUCACACCAAGGAUAAGAGAAUGACGUCCAGAGCCCAGCAGACCUCAUCUCCUUACAUGACCAAGACGGGUGUCACCCUGCUGAAGGAGUGCUGUGGCUUCACCUGCUCCGUCAUGUAGAUACGUCAAUGUAAAACAGGAGAGAGUGUAGCACAGAAUGACAAGUAAACAAGCCCUCAGACCCGUGAUUCAGCACAAUAUUUUCAAGCACUCUGUUUCACAUUUCAUAACAGACGGCAGUAUAUGGGCACCCGACUGAUGUGCAUAUUAUGCAGCAUUAUUGCAUUAACCACCUAAUGGAGGAGAUUUGAGGUGUGUGUGAUUAGAUGAUAUGGUGUGUUCAUUUUCACAAUUAACACUGAGCUGUCAGGCUCAAGACUAAAGUCAGGCUCAAGUGCUGGAUUCCCAUUAACAGUUGUUAAAUUGUAACUCUUUCUCUUGCUAGCACAUUAUUUUCUCCCUUACUUCUUGCAAAAGAGCAAAUUAUCUGUUGUGGAGUUGCUUCACCUGCCAGACACAAUGUAUGUCACCAAAAACACUGACAUUGUCCUUGGGAUUUUAAGGAAUAGUUCACCUAAAAAUUCUGUCAGUGUUUGUUGAUAAGGAGGGUGAUACACAGAUCUUGGACAAGGUAUAAAUCACCAGUUAAGCUAGAAAAAUUCUUUGACCUAAAAGUUCUGCAUUGAGAAUUUUUGAUUUAUGAAUGCAGUGCACAGCAGGGUUAUAAUAGUUGACUAAAAUGAAAACAAAAACCAUAAACAAAAAAUUUUCAUUACUUGAAAUAAAAUAAAAUAAAACUGAAAUAAACUAUAAAAAACCUAAACUUAAGUUAUUUAAUAUUAUGUAUUUAAACCAAGGUGACAUUUCUCAUUUUCAUUUAGUUUAUCUUGAUGUACUAAAAUAAUUAAAACAAUUAAUUAAUUAAAAUAAUCAAAUAAAAAAAAUCAUAAAAACUAGACCUAUACUAGACUAGACCAAACACAUACAAUUAAAUGACUAAUACUUUAAGUAAGAUUAAAAUGAAAAUGGAAAAUAUAAAAACUAAUUCAAAAUAUUAACUAUUUAUGAGAUUUUCCAUCAAUUGACCCUUCGCAAAGACCCGCCCCCCUUAGUUACUGUUGCUUUGUCCGACAAGCCAUGGCGCUGUCACCCCACACAGAGUGAAAAAUACAUCGCAGAGCAAAGAGGACACUGUCAACACGUCGACAGACAAGACAGAGCAGGUUACUUAUGAUAUUAAACAAAGUCCCAGCUUUUAAAUUGUGUAAUUUUUUUUAAGAAAUUCGAACAAUAAAAAACGUUUUGUGGCUCUUUAAUGUGUCGUGACAGAUUGUUGUAGCGCCUCAGAUCAAGCGGUUCGUGAACCGAUCAUCUCUUCCUACUAGUUAAUUUAUUGCAUCAAAUAAACAUGAAUGAACAUCAGAAGGAAUGUUGUUUCAACCGCGGAAAGACGUCAGUACACACCAUUUUUCAAGUUCAAGUCCACCGAGGUUAAUCUUCUAACUCCUGACUGCUUUGUUGGACAAAAUGGCGGAUUCGGCGUUAUGAUUGGUUAGAUCGCCUGUCAAUCAAACUCCUGGCGAAGGGUCAAUUAUGACAGUAGUAGCAUUCGAAAUCGAAAACUCUCUUUAGUAGGUACUGUUUUAAAAAAGUAAUUGCUUCUGACCACUAAAAAAGUUUGUUUAGUGUGAAUGUAAUCUGGACGUACUACAUUCGCCAUGUUGCCCUUAUCACGUGACCUACCAGCAUCUGUUGUUUCAUUCACAAAUCCUCUACCGUGGCCUCAUGGAAUAGUAAAGUGUCCAUGGAACGCACAUUUCAAAAUCUCACCAGAAGUAGUAGGUCAUCCGGGGACUUUUUGCCUACUCUUUUAAUUAAUUGUAAUUUGUGUCGUGUGCAAAUAACAACAUGAAAAAUCAAACGGGACUUCAUACCUUGUGAAUGAAAUAGCGAUCGCGAGAUGAAUCCAAUCCGUGGCACGUGGGUAAAAUAGCCAUGAGUGUCCAUUAAAAAACAAAAAAACAGUACUUUUUGUCCACAAAAGCGUUAAAUCCAUGAAAUAUUGAUAUAUUAUCCAUUGUUUGCAUCACAUUUCUUCUGAAUGAUCUGCUCUCCAUCAUCGUUCUUCAAAAAAUUAUGCAAUCUGAGCAGCAUUUAUGUUGUAAAACUGUAGGAUCGUAUACAUUAGACUCUCACAAGAUGAGUCCGCAUCCAAAGUAUAAUUUUUCAAAAUGCAGCAGUUUUAUUUAUAAUAUCCAAGCAGUGCUGUUGGAGUUUUAUAUCCUCCCACCAUUGUCAUUGUAGUAAAUCUCACGAACAAAACUUUUAGCCAAUGCCAAGGUGAUCCAACAACGUGUGUUCUGUUUAUCUUCCGCAUGUGUGCACAUCUACACAGACACACAUUUGUCUCGAGUCUCGACCAUUAAUGCAGCAAGCCGCCCAUAUUAUUUUAUAAGUGUAUAAAAUAAUCCAGAAAAAAGCACAAACACGGCAGAGAAUUAUCUGAGGUAGAGUGACGGCUCACAGACAGCAGCGCAAUUCACCUGUCAUGCCCUUAAUUAUGCAGAACUUUAAGACUUAAUAUCAUUUAAACGGAUGAGUUAUAAAAAAAUUCACCCCCCUCAGAGUUGUCAUGAAGGGCAAAAUUAGCCGUAUAGACCAAAACCACAAUUUGAUCCAGGCUGUAAACAUGUUUUAUUCUGCUGUAAAGUUGGCCAUUUUAACAUGGGACUUAAUGAGAUUCUGCUCUCUUUUGGAGCCUGUCUCUAGUGGCCAGUCGAUGAAUUGCAGUUCAAGUUACUUCUGUAUUGGCUUCAAGAGAAACUGGGGGAGGUUGCCGCUUGAUGAGUAAUGUGAAUUCAGACAUACUUCUUUUGGCACAUACUGUUUUUUGCUUACUAUAUAGUAAUCCCAACUGGCAAUCCCAGUUUUCACUGUUAUACGGUAGGCACUGUUACUCAUCUUCUGAAAUAGUGCAGCAAGUGACUGGAGGCACAGUAAUAAAUCUUCACAAAUGUUUCAUAAAUUUAGCUGUAUUGAGGAAUAUUAGCAAGUUUUCAAAUCAUGCCAUAUAACUGAACAACAGAAGAUCUGCGUACUAAUUAGGUGAAUGUGCACCAUUGCUUCUGACUUCUAUCACAUUUUACAUCUGCAUUUUUAACUACAAUGUUGAUGAAAACUGUAUUUUUGUGGUGCCCAGCUUGACAUAAUAUAAUGCAGUUUAAAAGUAAAACAGAUAUAUUUAUAUCUGACCCAGUUGUAGUUUGCUUUCAAAUGUAUGAACCCUUUAUCUUCACCAACUGUAAUGUGCUUAAGUAACCCAUUAAUAGCAUUUUAUUUAUAUGUACAAUCAUGUACACUUCUGUUCUAAUGUUUGGGGUCUGUAAGAUUUUUUCAGGAAUUAAAACUUUUAUUCAUCAAGAUACAUUAAAUUGAUCAAAAGUAACAGUAUAGGCUUUUAUAAUAUUACAAAAAAAGAUUUCUAUUUCAAAAAUAAAUGCUGUUAUUUGAACGUUAUGUUCAUCAAAGAAUCCUGGGAAAAAAUGUAUAGCCUUUCCACAAAAAUAUUAAGCAGCACAACUGAUUUUAACUAUUUUUGAUUAUAAUCAUAAAUGUUUUUUGAACAUCAAAUCAUCAUAUCAGAAUGAUUUCUGAAGGAUCAUGUGAAUGACAAGUAAACAAGCCCUCAGACCCGUGAUUCAGCACAAUAUUUUCAAGCACUCUGUUUCACAUUUCAUAACAGACGGCAGUAUAUGGGCACCCGACUGAUGUGCAUAUUAUGCAGCAUUAUUGCAUUAACCACCUAAUGGAGGAGAUUUGAGGUGUGUGUGAUUAGAUGAUAUGGUGUGUUCAUUUUCACAAUUAACACUGAGCUGUCAGGCUCAAGACUAAAGUCAGGCUCAAGUGCUGGAUUCCCAUUAACAGUUGUUAAAUUGUAACUCUUUCUCUUGCUAGCACAUUAUUUUCUCCCUUACUUCUUGCAAAAGAGCAAAUUAUCUGUUGUGGAGUUGCUUCACCUGCCAGACACAAUGUAUGUCACCAAAAACACUGACAUUGUCCUUGGGAUUUUAAGGAAUAGUUCACCUAAAAAUUCUGUCAGUGUUUGUUGAUAAGGAGGGUGAUACACAGAUCUUGGACAAGGUAUAAAUCACCAGUUAAGCUAGAAAAAUUCUUUGACCUAAAAGUUCUGCAUUGAGAAUUUUUGAUUUAUGAAUGCAGUGCACAGCAGGGUUAUAAUAGUUGACUAAAAUGAAAACAAAAACCAUAAACAAAAAAUUUUCAUUACUUGAAAUAAAAUAAAAUAAAACUGAAAUAAACUAUAAAAAACCUAAACUUAAGUUAUUUAAUAUUAUGUAUUUAAACCAAGGUGACAUUUCUCAUUUUCAUUUAGUUUAUCUUGAUGUACUAAAAUAAUUAAAACAAUUAAUUAAUUAAAAUAAUCAAAUAAAAAAAAUCAUAAAAACUAGACCUAUACUAGACUAGACCAAACACAUACAAUUAAAUGACUAAUACUUUAAGUAAGAUUAAAAUGAAAAUGGAAAAUAUAAAAACUAAUUCAAAAUAUUAACUAUUUAUGAGAUUUUCCAUCAAUUGACCCUUCGCAACGACCCGCCCCCCUUAGUUACUGUUGCUUUGUCCGACAAGCCAUGGCGCUGUCACCCCACACAGAGUGAAAAAUACAUCGCAGAGCAAAGAGGACACUGUCAACACGUCGACAGACAAGACAGAGCAGGUUACUUAUGAUAUUAAACAAAGUCCCAGCUUUUAAAUUGUGUAAUUUUUUUUAAGAAAUUCGAACAAUAAAAAACGUUUUGUGGCUCUUUAAUGUGUCGUGACAGAUUGUUGUAGCGCCUCAGAUCAAGCGGUUCGUGAACCGAUCAUCUCUUCCUACUAGUUAAUUUAUUGCAUCAAAUAAACAUGAAUGAACAUCAGAAGGAAUGUUGUUUCAACCGCGGAAAGACGUCAGUACACACCAUUUUUCAAAGUUCAAGUCCACCGAGGUUAAUCUUCUAACUCCUGACUGCUUUGUUGGACAAAAUGGCGGAUUCGGCGUUAUGAUUGGUUAGAUCGCCUGUCAAUCAAACUCCUGGCGAAGGGUCAAUUAUGACAGUAGUAGCAUUCGAAAUCGAAAACUCUCUUUAGUAGGUACUGUUUUAAAAAAGUAAUUGCUUCUGACCACUAAAAAAGUUUGUUUAGUGUGAAUGUAAUCUGGACGUACUACAUUCGCCAUGUUGCCCUUAUCACGUGACCUACCAGCAUCUGUUGUUUCAUUCACAAAUCCUCUACCGUGGCCUCAUGGAAUAGUAAAGUGUCCAUGGAACGCACAUUUCAAAAUCUCACCAGAAGUAGUAGGUCAUCCGGGGACUUUUUGCCUACUCUUUUAAUUAAUUGUAAUUUGUGUCGUGUGCAAAUAACAACAUGAAAAAUCAAACGGGACUUCAUACCUUGUGAAUGAAAUAGCGAUCGCGAGAUGAAUCCAAUCCGUGGCACGUGGGUAAAAUAGCCAUGAAUGUCCAUUAAAAAACAAAAAAACAGUACUUUUUGUCCACAAAAGCGUUAAAUCCAUGAAAUAUUGAUAUAUUAUCCAUUGUUUGCAUCACAUUUCUUCUGAAUGAUCUGCUCUCCAUCAUCGUUCUUCAAAAAAUUAUGCAAUCUGAGCAGCAUUUAUGUUGUAAAACUGUAGGAUCGUAUACAUUAGACUCUCACAAGAUGAGUCCGCAUCCAAAGUAUAAUUUUUCAAAAUGCAGCAGUUUUAUUUAUAAUAUCCAAGCAGUGCUGUUGGAGUUUUAUAUCCUCCCACCAUUGUCAUUGUAGUAAAUCUCACGAACAAAACUUUUAGCCAAUGCCAAGGUGAUCCAACAACGUGUGUUCUGUUUAUCUUCCGCAUGUGUGCACAUCUACACAGACACACAUUUGUCUCGAGUCUCGACCAUUAAUGCAGCAAGCCGCCCAUAUUAUUUUAUAAGUGUAUAAAAUAAUCCAGAAAAAAGCACAAACACGGCAGAGAAUUAUCUGAGGUAGAGUGACGGCUCACAGACAGCAGCGCAAUUCACCUGUCAUGCCCUUAAUUAUGCAGAACUUUAAGACUUAAUAUCAUUUAAACGGAUGAGUUAUAAAAAAAUUCACCCCCCUCAGAGUUGUCAUGAAGGGCAAAAUUAGCCGUAUAGACCAAAACCACAAUUUGAUCCAGGCUGUAAACAUGUUUUAUUCUGCUGUAAAGUUGGCCAUUUUAACAUGGGACUUAAUGAGAUUCUGCUCUCUUUUGGAGCCUGUCUCUAGUGGCCAGUCGAUGAAUUGCAGUUCAAGUUACUUCUGUAUUGGCUUCAAGAGAAACUGGGGGAGGUUGCCGCUUGAUGAGUAAUGUGAAUUCAGACAUACUUCUUUUGGCACAUACUGUUUUUUGCUUACUAUAUAGUAAUCCCAACUGGCAAUCCCAGUUUUCACUGUUAUACGGUAGGCACUGUUACUCAUCUUCUGAAAUAGUGCAGCAAGUGACUGGAGGCACAGUAAUAAAUCUUCACAAAUGUUUCAUAAAUUUAGCUGUAUUGAGGAAUAUUAGCAAGUUUUCAAAUCAUGCCAUAUAACUGAACAACAGAAGAUCUGCGUACUAAUUAGGUGAAUGUGCACCAUUGCUUCUGACUUCUAUCACAUUUUACAUCUGCAUUUUUAACUACAAUGUUGAUGAAAACUGUAUUUUUGUGGUGCCCAGCUUGACAUAAUAUAAUGCAGUUUAAAAGUAAAACAGAUAUAUUUAUAUCUGACCCAGUUGUAGUUUGCUUUCAAAUGUAUGAACCCUUUAUCUUCACCAACUGUAAUGUGCUUAAGUAACCCAUUAAUAGCAUUUUAUUUAUAUGUACAAUCAUGUACACUUCUGUUCUAAUGUUUGGGGUCUGUAAGAUUUUUUCAGGAAUUAAAACUUUUAUUCAUCAAGAUACAUUAAAUUGAUCAAAAGUAACAGUAUAGGCUUUUAUAAUAUUACAAAAAAAGAUUUCUAUUUCAAAAAUAAAUGCUGUUAUUUGAACGUUAUGUUCAUCAAAGAAUCCUGGGAAAAAAUGUAUAGCCUUUCCACAAAAAUAUUAAGCAGCACAACUGAUUUUAACUAUUUUUGAUUAUAAUCAUAAAUGUUUUUUGAACAUCAAAUCAUCAUAUCAGAAUGAUUUCUGAAGGAUCAUGUGAAUGACAAGUAAACAAGCCCUCAGACCCGUGAUUCAGCACAAUAUUUUCAAGCACUCUGUUUCACAUUUCAUAACAGACGGCAGUAUAUGGGCACCCGACUGAUGUGCAUAUUAUGCAGCAUUAUUGCAUUAACCACCUAAUGGAGGAGAUUUGAGGUGUGUGUGAUUAGAUGAUAUGGUGUGUUCAUUUUCACAAUUAACACUGAGCUGUCAGGCUCAAGACUAAAGUCAGGCUCAAGUGCUGGAUUCCCAUUAACAGUUGUUAAAUUGUAACUCUUUCUCUUGCUAGCACAUUAUUUUCUCCCUUACUUCUUGCAAAAGAGCAAAUUAUCUGUUGUGGAGUUGCUUCACCUGCCAGACACAAUGUAUGUCACCAAAAACACUGACAUUGUCCUUGGGAUUUUAAGGAAUAGUUCACCUAAAAAUUCUGUCAGUGUUUGUUGAUAAGGAGGGUGAUACACAGAUCUUGGACAAGGUAUAAAUCACCAGUUAAGCUAGAAAAAUUCUUUGACCUAAAAGUUCUGCAUUGAGAAUUUUUGAUUUAUGAAUGCAGUGCACAGCAGGGUUAUAAUAGUUGACUAAAAUGAAAACAAAAACCAUAAACAAAAAAUUUUCAUUACUUGAAAUAAAAUAAAAUAAAACUGAAAUAAACUAUAAAAAACCUAAACUUAAGUUAUUUAAUAUUAUGUAUUUAAACCAAGGUGACAUUUCUCAUUUUCAUUUAGUUUAUCUUGAUGUACUAAAAUAAUUAAAACAAUUAAUUAAUUAAAAUAAUCAAAUAAAAAAAAUCAUAAAAACUAGACCUAUACUAGACUAGACCAAACACAUACAAUUAAAUGACUAAUACUUUAAGUAAGAUUAAAAUGAAAAUGGAAAAUAUAAAAACUAAUUCAAAAUAUUAACUAUUUAUGAGAUUUUCCAUCAAUUGACCCUUCGCAACGACCCGCCCCCCUUAGUUACUGUUGCUUUGUCCGACAAGCCAUGGCGCUGUCACCCCACACAGAGUGAAAAAUACAUCGCAGAGCAAAGAGGACACUGUCAACACGUCGACAGACAAGACAGAGCAGGUUACUUAUGAUAUUAAACAAAGUCCCAGCUUUUAAAUUGUGUAAUUUUUUUUAAGAAAUUCGAACAAUAAAAAACGUUUUGUGGCUCUUUAAUGUGUCGUGACAGAUUGUUGUAGCGCCUCAGAUCAAGCGGUUCGUGAACCGAUCAUCUCUUCCUACUAGUUAAUUUAUUGCAUCAAAUAAACAUGAAUGAACAUCAGAAGGAAUGUUGUUUCAACCGCGGAAAGACGUCAGUACACACCAUUUUUCAAAGUUCAAGUCCACCGAGGUUAAUCUUCUAACUCCUGACUGCUUUGUUGGACAAAAUGGCGGAUUCGGCGUUAUGAUUGGUUAGAUCGCCUGUCAAUCAAACUCCUGGCGAAGGGUCAAUUAUGACAGUAGUAGCAUUCGAAAUCGAAAACUCUCUUUAGUAGGUACUGUUUUAAAAAAGUAAUUGCUUCUGACCACUAAAAAAGUUUGUUUAGUGUGAAUGUAAUCUGGACGUACUACAUUCGCCAUGUUGCCCUUAUCACGUGACCUACCAGCAUCUGUUGUUUCAUUCACAAAUCCUCUACCGUGGCCUCAUGGAAUAGUAAAGUGUCCAUGGAACGCACAUUUCAAAAUCUCACCAGAAGUAGUAGGUCAUCCGGGGACUUUUUGCCUACUCUUUUAAUUAAUUGUAAUUUGUGUCGUGUGCAAAUAACAACAUGAAAAAUCAAACGGGACUUCAUACCUUGUGAAUGAAAUAGCGAUCGCGAGAUGAAUCCAAUCCGUGGCACGUGGGUAAAAUAGCCAUGAGUGUCCAUUAAAAAACAAAAAAACAGUACUUUUUGUCCACAAAAGCGUUAAAUCCAUGAAAUAUUGAUAUAUUAUCCAUUGUUUGCAUCACAUUUCUUCUGAAUGAUCUGCUCUCCAUCAUCGUUCUUCAAAAAAUUAUGCAAUCUGAGCAGCAUUUAUGUUGUAAAACUGUAGGAUCGUAUACAUUAGACUCUCACAAGAUGAGUCCGCAUCCAAAGUAUAAUUUUUCAAAAUGCAGCAGUUUUAUUUAUAAUAUCCAAGCAGUGCUGUUGGAGUUUUAUAUCCUCCCACCAUUGUCAUUGUAGUAAAUCUCACGAACAAAACUUUUAGCCAAUGCCAAGGUGAUCCAACAACGUGUGUUCUGUUUAUCUUCCGCAUGUGUGCACAUCUACACAGACACACAUUUGUCUCGAGUCUCGACCAUUAAUGCAGCAAGCCGCCCAUAUUAUUUUAUAAGUGUAUAAAAUAAUCCAGAAAAAAGCACAAACACGGCAGAGAAUUAUCUGAGGUAGAGUGACGGCUCACAGACAGCAGCGCAAUUCACCUGUCAUGCCCUUAAUUAUGCAGAACUUUAAGACUUAAUAUCAUUUAAACGGAUGAGUUAUAAAAAAAUUCACCCCCCUCAGAGUUGUCAUGAAGGGCAAAAUUAGCCGUAUAGACCAAAACCACAAUUUGAUCCAGGCUGUAAACAUGUUUUAUUCUGCUGUAAAGUUGGCCAUUUUAACAUGGGACUUAAUGAGAUUCUGCUCUCUUUUGGAGCCUGUCUCUAGUGGCCAGUCGAUGAAUUGCAGUUCAAGUUACUUCUGUAUUGGCUUCAAGAGAAACUGGGGGAGGUUGCCGCUUGAUGAGUAAUGUGAAUUCAGACAUACUUCUUUUGGCACAUACUGUUUUUUGCUUACUAUAUAGUAAUCCCAACUGGCAAUCCCAGUUUUCACUGUUAUACGGUAGGCACUGUUACUCAUCUUCUGAAAUAGUGCAGCAAGUGACUGGAGGCACAGUAAUAAAUCUUCACAAAUGUUUCAUAAAUUUAGCUGUAUUGAGGAAUAUUAGCAAGUUUUCAAAUCAUGCCAUAUAACUGAACAACAGAAGAUCUGCGUACUAAUUAGGUGAAUGUGCACCAUUGCUUCUGACUUCUAUCACAUUUUACAUCUGCAUUUUUAACUACAAUGUUGAUGAAAACUGUAUUUUUGUGGUGCCCAGCUUGACAUAAUAUAAUGCAGUUUAAAAGUAAAACAGAUAUAUUUAUAUCUGACCCAGUUGUAGUUUGCUUUCAAAUGUAUGAACCCUUUAUCUUCACCAACUGUAAUGUGCUUAAGUAACCCAUUAAUAGCAUUUUAUUUAUAUGUACAAUCAUGUACACUUCUGUUCUAAUGUUUGGGGUCUGUAAGAUUUUUUCAGGAAUUAAAACUUUUAUUCAUCAAGAUACAUUAAAUUGAUCAAAAGUAACAGUAUAGGCUUUUAUAAUAUUACAAAAAAAGAUUUCUAUUUCAAAAAUAAAUGCUGUUAUUUGAACGUUAUGUUCAUCAAAGAAUCCUGGGAAAAAAUGUAUAGCCUUUCCACAAAAAUAUUAAGCAGCACAACUGAUUUUAACUAUUUUUGAUUAUAAUCAUAAAUGUUUUUUGAACAUCAAAUCAUCAUAUCAGAAUGAUUUCUGAAGGAUCAUGUGACACUUAAGACUGGAGUAAUGAUGCUGAAAAUACAAAUUUGAUCAGGGGAAAUAAAUUACAUUUUAAAAUAUAUUACAAAAUGGUUAUUUUAAAUUGUAAUAAUAUUUCACAAUACUGCUGCUUUCACUGUAUUUUUGCAUAAAUGUAUGAAGAUGAACAACUUUUUAAAAAACAAAUUUGUCAGACCCCAAACUUUUAAACAGUAGAGUAUUUGUGAUGCAUCAUAGUGUUUAUGCAAAAAAAAAAAAAAAAAUUAAAGUAUUUUAUCUUUACAAAAGAAAUCAAAUUGUGAAACUGAGAAAUGUCUAUUAAUAUGCAACAAAAAAAGUAUUGAAAUAUAGUGCUCAUGGACACUUGACAUGUUAUGCUGCUUGGUUGUGCAGGAUUGUAUGUGUGCUGAUGCUUCUAUUGUUAUUUUCAUGCCUCUAAAUGAUAUUUUUCCACUGAUAAAUAUAAAGGAAUUCUGAUGAAUGAACCAAUGCUUUGUUGCCUUUUAGAUUAUACAGACUCAUAAAAUCAUCUUUUAUUGCUAUAUAAAUAAAAUCAUGAAAACCAA